CACGCCUUUUCCUCUCCAAACCGCGACUUCCGCGCGCUUCCUCCCAAAGCACCAUGCUCCGCGCCGUCUCCGCCGUCCGCCCCGCUGCCCGCGCCAGCGCGCGCGCCGUCCGCGCGCUCUCCACCACCGCCCGCGUCGCCUCCCACGGCCACGAAGCGCCCAAGCUCUACGGCCCCGGAGGCAAGCCCGGCGAGAUCCCCAGCAACUGGGAGCAGGCGACCGGUCUUGAGCGUCUCGAGCUGCUCGGUGACCUGCAGGGCAUCAAGGUCUUCGACGACAGCCCGCUCGACUCGAGCCGCAUUGGCACGAAGAAGGACCCGAUCCGCGUCCCCUCUUUCGACCAUGACCGUGUCAUCGGCUGCACUGGCUCCCCGGCCGACUCCCAUCACGUUCUCUGGUUCCACGUGCGCGAGGGCAAGCAGACGCGCUGCACUGAGUGUGGCUCCGUCUACGAGCUCGACCUCAUCUCCGAGGACCGUGCCAUGAUCUCUCUCGAGCCCCCUGCGGCAAAGAAGCUCUCCGCCGACGCAGAGAACUAGAUGUUCUAUUCCUAAUGAUAUUCAUUUUUCCUCUGCCAAUCAAGAAUCAUUCGGAAGCAUGCUUCGUGGCUCC